AUGUUACGUCGCUGCCCCUGUGUGUGGCCUGAUGGACCCACGAAGAGUAGUGUGUCCAUUGGAACAGCCUUCACCCUGCAGAAACGUUUUUUGAAAAUAGCAAAAUCUGCGUUCGGGUUCUACCUCGCGCGUCGUGGGCAACGGAAGUAUCCAUUUCUUCGGAGACCUCAUAUUAAAAAUACCCACUCAAUGAAUCCGAGUGCCCCGUACUUUUGGAGCUUUAUGACAGCCAAAAGUCAAAUGGCCUUUCUGCCGGAAGAAAACUACAUCACAGGUGACUGGACAGGGAAGUUCUUUGUGUCGAAGCGUCAGGUGUACACCCUUCAACACGCUACUAGCGGAGCAAAGGUACGGGUAAAGUCGUUUCCUUCAAUUUUUGAAUUUAAUAGUCCAUCCCGUUGGAAUAUUGGCAAAGAGAUGAACACACUUACUAAACCUCGCAUGGAUCUCAUCGAUGAGCAAAUGUUGACGAAGAAGCAAAGACUGGAUUACGUUCGGGCCGGUUUGCUGCCCAAGUAA